AUGUCCACCGAAGAGGACACCAAAGAACGUCUCAAAUCAGCCCUCUGGUAUUAUGUCGGCAAAACCGUCGACGAAAAAUGUCUUACGUCCAACCGCAACGCUACGCCCCAGUUCAUCGGCGCCCUAACAGAGCUCGUCUGGGCACAGAUUGAAAACGUCGCGAUUGAUCUGGAAUCCUUUGCUCACCAUGCGCGCCGCGAGACAGUCACCACAGACGACGUGUUCCUGCUUGCCCGUAAGAACCCUGACCUUCAACAGCUCAUGCGUGACUUCAUCGCCGAGCUGCCGAGACAAGACGGUCGGCAGAGACUCCCUGGAGCUGCGAAGAAGAGUAAAGGAAAAGACGUGGCUACGCGAAUCAGCCAGCGCUGA